AUGUCUUUUGCUAAUUUCGAUAUAGAAGCACAAAGAUCAGUUUCUAAAGGAAACAAUGAAAAUAUAGAGAGACACCAAAGCCAAUCACAAAAUGAAUUAGAUACAAUUAUCGAUAAAGCUUCCGACCAGCUUCAGUUGUUUAGUAAUUUAAUAUCCCAGUUUGAUGCCAAGAAGAAAUUAAUAGGCUCUAAGAGGGAUUACAUACAACUUAGAGACAAUGCGGGCGCUUUAAUAUCAAAGAUAUCUGAUAUGGAUUCGGCGAUUCAGAUAUUGAUCGAGAACUUGUCACAUUUAAUUAACAAAAAGCUGGGAGAUAAAAGGCAUGGUACGAAUGAUGAUCAGGAAGAUUCAAGUUCUAAGUUAGAGAUCACACAAAAACAAAUGGUUAUAAAGGAGAGACUAGUAAGCGAAUUCAAUGAGUUACAUAAACAGUUCCAGAGGUCAGCAAGGCAAUAUACUGAGAAAACAAGAACAUAUCCAGUGAAGGAUGAUAUACCGAGACAAGAUGAACGAACUCCAUUAAUAGAUAGCGAACAGGGGAAAACCGGGCAACAAGUGGCCGUACAAGAACCAUCACAGGACCAAAUAGAUGAGACUGAGUUGCAAUACCAUCUUAUGUUGACGCAAGAAAGAAAUCAAAAUAUCAACCAAAUAAAUGAAGGAAUUUUAGAAAUAAAUUCCAUCUUCAAAGAUUUAGGAGAAUUGGUGAACCAACAGGGAGAACAGUUAGACACAGUCGAAGAUAACAUAUUGCAGUUAUCUGGUAAUACUCAGCAAGCAGAAAGAGAGUUAACGAAGGCGCAUGAAUAUCAAAAGAAAAAGAGUAAAUGGAGCUGUAUAUUACUUUUUGCUCUAUGUAUAUUUGUCCUAGUAAUAGUUUUAGCUGUUCUUAGCUGA